GGAAAAAAAAAGAAGAAGAAAAAAACAACAGCCCGCCCUCCUUCUCCUCCUCCUCCCCCUGGGAAGGGGGAACAGGGGCAUAAAUAGGCGCCGGCACAGCACGGUGCCAGACACACAGCGCAGCCUACGAACGGCAAGGCACCACUCCGGGCACACUCAGCCAUGGCAGAGCCUUCCCUGCCCCUCUCCUUCCUCUGUCUCCUGGCUUUGUCCUCCGCCUGCUACAUCCAGAACUGCCCCCGGGGCGGCAAGCGGGCCUUGGGUGAUACAGCUCUGCGGCAGUGCCUGCCCUGCGGACCCGGGAAUAGGGGUCGCUGCUUUGGGCCUGGGAUCUGCUGCGGUGCGGAGCUGGGCUGCUACCUGGGCACGGCAGAGACACGGCGCUGCGCUGAGGAAGACUACGUGCCUUCACCCUGCCAGGCUGGUGGGCAGCCCUGCGGCUCCGACGGGCGCUGCGCUGCCAACGGCGUCUGCUGCAGCGCUGACACAUGUGCUGUGGACGCCGUGUGCCUGGAGGAGGGCAGUGAGCAGGCAGAAGAGGCGGCAGAGAAGAACCUGACGGUGCUGGAUGGGGCAGCUGGGGACCUGCUGCUGCGGCUGAUGCACCUGGCCAACAGGCAGCAGCAGGGCAAGCAGCCCGGCCUCUGAGCCGCCGGGAUGUCAGCAGACCCCUUUGUAAAUAGAAGAACUAAUAAAGUCCUCUUGCACUGUG